AACGAGGAACAGAAUUCUGUUUUUACAGUUCAUUGUACCAUGUUGCCCCAAAAGCCAUUCUACUCGAUCCCUUUUCAAUUCUCUCUCCUUGAGUGAAAGAGAGAGACUGAGAGAGAUAUGGAGGAUCAGCAGCCGAGUGUUAAUGGGAACGGCAACAAUAACAACAACAAGAAGGAGAGUAGUGGUGGUGCGGAGGAAAGACCAGUUCGAGUAUACGCCGAUGGAAUAUACGAUCUCUUCCACUUCGGUCACGCCCGCGCUCUCGAGCAAGCCAAGAAACUGUUUCCAAACACAUAUCUGCUUGUUGGAUGCUGCAAUGAUGAACUCACCCACAAGUAUAAGGGCAAAACUGUUAUGAAUGAGAAGGAACGAUACGAGUCUCUCCGCCACUGUAGAUGGGUUGAUGAGGUUAUCCCCAAUGCACCAUGGGUGCUAACAAUGGAAUUCCUUGACAAACAUCAGAUUGAUUAUGUUGCACAUGAUUCUCUUCCUUAUGCUGAUGCAAGCGGGGCUGGAAAAGAUGUCUAUGAAUUCGUCAAGUCCAUAGGGAAAUUUAAGGAAACAAAACGGACAGAUGGGAUCUCCACAUCUGAUAUUAUAAUGAGGAUUCUCAAAGAUUACAAUCAGUAUGUGAUGCGUAAUUUGGACCGUGGAUAUACAAGAAAGGACUUAGGUGUUAGCUAUGUCAAGGAAAAGCGGCUUAGAGUGAACAUGGGUUUGAAGAAAUUGCGUGAGAGAGUGAAGAAACAACAAGAGAAAGUUGGAGAGAAGAUACAAACUGUAGCGAAAACUGCUAGGAUACAUCGCAAUGAAUGGGUGGAGAAUGCUGAUCGACUGGUUGCUGGAUUUCUUGAGAUGUUUGAAGAAGGUUGCCAUAAAAUGGGAACAGCUAUCAAAGACCGAAUACAAGAGCGGCUGAGGGGGCAACAGUUAAGGGGGCUUAUAUAUGAUGAAGAAUUUGAUGUUUUCUAUGAUGACUCAGAUGAAGAUGAAGAUGAAGAAGAGGAUGAAGAAAAGGAUUACUAUGACAAUGAAGACGAAAAAUGAGCUGCUCUUUCCAAUACUCGAUGGAGCAUUGAUCUUGUUCAUGUGUAGCAAUAUAUGUAAACCCCUGCUCAAAUGAUCUACUGGGCAGAUACAGGAAAACUUGAGCUUGGAAAACGGUUCAAAGCUUAGAUGGGUCUUUCAUGUUCAGUUAUAAGUAUGUUCAUAUAUGCUGUGAGGAAAGAAAAAGUAGUUUGCUGUCUGAAGUAACUCAUUAGCAAAUAUGUAUGGUGGAGGCAAAGCUCGUGCGAAGGGAUUCUGCUGUAAGAAUUUAGACCUAAUAACAUGUCAAUAUUAGAGAUUUGGUGAUA